GCAUUCGUCAUUCACUGGCAACAGGCAAGCUCAAGCAGCGGAGCGUUACCGGCAAGAGUCACCAAAGAAGAACAAGCAAUAUUCUAAAACGUUCAGCAAAGAGCAGCCAGCGUAUAUCUACUACGUCUAUACGUUCAUUAUCAUCGGCAACAGCGCAAAAGCUGAAACUUACGCGAAUCCGAACGGCAAGGACAGAACAUCGACAAUUGUCUUAAAUCAGUUGCUCACAGGCGGUGAAAACGACUGCAGCACUAAUUUGUGAAAUUUAUGAAAGUAAUAUAAAGUCAUUUAAGACUAUUUUUAGUGUUUUUCGUGCUUCGUAAAAGUUUGUUAAAUUAAACAAAAAAAGAAAAAACAAAGUUCGUUAAAAAUGCCUUUUACACGUGAACAACUGGAGUCGACGAUGAACGAGAAGCUGCCCAAGUCGGACACCAUCAAAUUGCGAAACAAACAUAUUGGCCAAGCUUGCCAGUUAUUCUAUCGUUCUGAUCCCUUAAAAAUUGUACGUGGACAGGGUCAGUAUAUGUACGAUGAGUUGGGCAAUCGUUACUUGGACUGCAUCAAUAAUGUGGCGCAUGUGGGCCAUUGCCAUCCGAAAGUUGUGCGCGCCGGUAGUCUUCAAAUGGCUACCAUUUCCACCAACAAUCGUUUUCUACACGAUGAACUGGUACAGUGCGCCAAAACCUUGACCAGUAAAAUGCCCGGCGACUUGUCGGUCUGUUUCUUUGUCAACUCUGGUUCGGAGGCAAACGACUUGGCUUUGCGACUGGCACGCAACUAUACCAAGCAGCAGGAUGUAAUCACACUCGAUCACGCUUACCACGGCCAUGUGACUGCCGUCAUGGAGGUCUCACCAUACAAAUUCAAUCAACCCGGUGGUGAACCGAAACCCGACUAUAUUCAUGUUGCGCCCUGCCCGGAUGUCUAUCGCGGCAAGUUCACCGACAAAGAUCAUCCCGGCGCCGAUAUGGCCAAACUCUAUUGCGCACCCAUUGAGGAUAUCUGCAAACAAUUAAAGGCGCAGGGCAAGGGCGUAGCUGCGUUCAUUGCUGAGAGUUUACAGAGCUGCGGUGGUCAAAUCAUACCACCAACUGGUUACUUUCGUACGGUCUUCGAUACCAUACAUGCCGCUGGUGGGCUCGCCAUUGCCGAUGAAGUGCAAGUCGGUUUCGGCCGUGUGGGCACACAUUACUGGGCCUUCGAGACACAAGGUGUUGUACCUGACAUAGUGACAGUUGCCAAGCCAAUGGGCAAUGGGCAUCCUGUGGGUGCUGUUGUUACCACACCGGAGAUUGCGCAUGCCUUCUACGCUACUGGUGUCGCCUACUUCAAUACCUAUGGCGGCAAUCCGGUAUCUUGCGCUAUUGCCAAUGCAGUGAUGCAGGUCAUCGAAGAGGAGGGCCUGCAGGAGAAUGCACGCAUUGUGGGUGACUAUUUGAAGAAGAAAUGUCGUGAGUUAAGUUUAGAAUUCGAUAUUAUUGGUGAUGUGCGUGGCGUAGGACUUUUCGUUGGCAUAGAAUUGGUGAAAAAUCGUGAGACACGUGAGCCUGACACUAAAUCCGCUCACUGGGUGGUGAAUCGCAUAAAAGCAUUACACAAAGUGCUCGUAUCCUCAGACGGUCCCAACGACAAUGUCAUCAAGCUAAAGCCACCUAUGUGCUUUGAUCAGAAGAAUGCCGAUGAGUUUUUGCAAGCAUUCCGCGAGUGCUUGUCCAUGCUGAUGAAGGAGGGUAGUGAUGCGCUGUAUACGGUAGGCGCCACCGAAGCUAUGAAAGACACGAAUACGAUGUUCGAGAAUCGGCAAAGGCUUAUUAAAUCUUCAUGAGAAGUUUUCGUCGUUGUAGUUUUAGUCAGCUAGGAAAUUUCGUUAGGUGUAGUGAUUUUUAGAAAUAUUCAGUAUGUAUAAGUACACAUACAUAUAUAUGUUUGCCAUAGUACGCAUAAGUAUGUAUAUGCUUAGUAAAAUUAAUUAGUAGUUAAAUCAUUGAGUUGCCAUAUUAAUAUUGGCGUCAUAAUGAGUGAGUAUACAGAAAUUCACAAAACAAGAAACCAAACAUAAAAUUAUAUAUGUAUAUAUGCAUGUAUGUGUGUAAACCUCUGAGCAAUCGGAUUUUGUAGAGGAUCUUUAUUUAAAAUUUUUACAAAAUUUAUAGUAACGCAAAACGAAAACUGUUAGAAUCAAAAAUUGUAGUAAAGCACAUUUGGUUUAGUAACCUGCGCGAGUCAACUCUGCGCACACUGCAAAUACAGAUGCGCUAGCACAACCGCUAUGUGGCGACCAGCCAUUGCUUUCCCCACUUCAAAGGCAGUCAUGUGCGAGCAGAAUCGUUUAUCGCCGAUCAGUAAACGAAAUGUUCAAGUUUCGAGAGCGCACCGGCCUUUUAUAGGGAAUGGCAGUCCGUUAUAAAAUCGGUUAUAUCAUUCAGAUUCACUUUUGGAAAAGAUACAACUAGAUAUUUUUCCGGCAUUGCCAUAAAAAUCAAACUUCAACUGUAAUCUUGACAAGUGUAAGGCAUUGCAAUAUUUUGUAUAAAUGCAUACAUUUGAUAAUAAAUUAUAAAUUAAGCAUUAAAGUAUGCGACUUGCUACAAUUUUUUUAAAGGUUCAUUGUGCGUAAACUCAUUUUAUAAAUUUGUAGAAUAGUCUUAUAGAUAGUUGUAUCAAUAUUAGCUCCAAUAAACAUAUAUUUAAAAAAAACCAUAGCUUAUACUCGUAGUUGAAUUGAGAGAAAGGAAGAUGAACAAAAUUUAUAUACAAUAAUUUGUAUUAAAAUUGUAUUACACUAAGAUAAUAUUUGUUUAAAUAAAUUCUAGUAUCAACAUCAAGCAAAUAUUGAUUGAAAAAUUAAUGCGCAUACAGAGUCCGGUUCACUUGAAUAGAGGCAAUAAAUUGUAUGGUUAUUAACACAUUGACUGCCAAGGCACUUUCAGCAAAUAAGAUGCUCUGGGGCCACAGCAUUUUUUUUUUUAAAUCUCAUCAGAGACGUCAAAAUUGGAAUUUAGGGUAGUGCUGGUAAUAUUUUCUGCUUAGAAACAGGCAGUUUGUAACUAAUUAGUAUGUCACACACAUAUGUUCGACGUGGCGCCUACCGACUUUUUUUAACUCAGGGCCAUGGCGGUCGUGAUGUACGGAUUCUGUCAACAAAACACAGUCCCAGAAUGGUAGAAGAAGCUCAAGAUAAUGGCGAACAAGCAUUAGCUUCUGACCUUGACCAACCAUCAACCAGUAACACCUCUGGCUCAAAAUGUCGCCUGGCGAAGAAGAAUAAGAAAAAGCCAAUAGCCAUACUUCCUUACAACAAAGGAAAAGCAGGGAUUGAUUUAUCAGACCAGAACUGUUCUUAUGCUACUACUUUGAGGAAGGGCGUGAAGUGGUACCGCAAACUGGGUAUAGAAUAUCUUCUUGGACUAUCAGUAGUAAAUGCUUUUUAGUGUACAAGAAAGCUACGAAAAAAAAUAAUGCACAAAUACGAUGAUUUAGAGAACAAAUUACUUCAUCACUUCUAAAUUUGCAGAAGCCAGAAAAACAUAUGAAGCCAAAAUCAGGCAAUAUUCAUAUUUUAAAAAUAAAACUAAGUGCAAGUAAUACAAAAUUACGUCGAACAUGUACUUUACGUUAUUCCAGAAUAAAACAAAUGGAAGGAAGGGAGAUCGCCAGAAAGAAGGCUAUUGCCCGGAAUGUCCCCAAGAGCCAUUUAUGUGUUUAGAAUGUUUUGGGAAUCACCACAAACAAGUUUAAUGGGUUCAUUUGUAUAACUACUUUGUAAAAUAAUAUGUAAAAAAUUUUUUGUUACUGCAAUAAAAUGAAUUUAAUUUUUUUUUCAAAA